UUAACAGCACUAUUGUUAGCUAGUGUUUGUGAUCGAAAAUGGCAAGCGCUUUGGAGGAUGUUCAGGCCGAGGAUUAUGUUGAAUAUUUCCUUUUCCCCGAUGGAAUACCCAGUUCCACUUCUAAGGACGAAGUUAAUGACUAUUUGAGAAACAUUUUUUCUGUCAUAAGUUGUUGUGCAGCUGAGCACAAGAGUGAAUAUAUAUGGCACAAAGACCCCUUCAACACAGCCCCUAUCCUAGAUGAUGAAUCAGAAUUAUUACCUCCUCAUCUUCAUGGAACGACACACUUUGGGGACAACAUUGAAGACGAGUGGUUUAUUGUUUAUCUUCUCAUUCAGCUGACAAAAGAUAUACCAGGACUUGUUGUGAGAGUUAUUGAUACUGAUGGCGAAUUUCUACUCAUUGAAGCUGCUGACUUCCUCCCUCCCUGGGCUGACCCAGAAACCUGUGGACAAAGGGUUUAUCUUUAUCAAGGAGAGGUUCAUUUUAUUCCUCCUACAAACACAAACGAUUCAGAGGAUGAGCCCAAAAACUUGAUUCCGGUGGUUGAUGCAAUUCAGCUUAUCAGAUCAUGCCCUAAAAACACCCGAGCUCCUCAACCUAUCCAAAAUGCUAUCAAAGAAAGAAUUGAAGGAUAUCCAAGUAAAAUCAAAGAAGACCUGCACAGGACAACAAUUUCCAUUCCAGCUGAGAUCUCAGCUCUUCUUAAAGAUAAUCCCAGUUUGAUAGCCUCAGCAGUUAGAGCUUUCUGCGAACGUGAUCCUAUUGAUAAAAGGGCAUGUAGAAAUAUGGCCCAUUUUAAGCCAGACAAUUGUGUGCCAACUAGUGUACUGUUCACAAAAUGCCUGUAUGCUAUGCUUUGCCAUGAAAAAGCAGUUCCUGAGAAAAGAUCAGGAUGGGUGUUACCACCCCCAUCUUCUUCUACAUUUAAAAUGUACAAUUUAGGCUACAAAGUGGCAUGCGGUUUUGAAAUACUUGUUGAUAGAGCUAAAAAAUGUGGAGAGAAUCCUGAUGCUGGUCAGAGUUCAACACCUGUGCAAAUUUGUGAUUUAUCUGACAAUAGAGGCUGGUCGAUGUACUUGAACAGCCUGAAGAAGAAGGAAUAUUUCAAGGAUCUCCUUGAAGGCUCCAAAGAGUACACUACUUUACUCGAUAAGGCUAAAGAAUUUUAUCUCAGUAACUGCACAUCAUCUUCUAAAGUUCUACCUGAUUCAUCAGCUGGUCAUGAAAUUUUAUCAAGGAUGUCUUCUCUUAAAUUGGACAUUAAGGCUCUAAAAGAAGAAUCCAAAAACAUUCCUCCACCUGAUGAUGAUUCAUGGCUAGAAAUAAGUCCAGAAGAAGUGGAUUUGAUGCUGAAAAAUCGGUAUGGCCCAGUCAAGGAUAGGAUGAGAAAAGAUCAGCUGUCUGGUCAAGGUGGCUUAGCCACAGUUCUAGGAGGCUUCUUGGAAUAUAUGUCAGGGAUGGAGGGAGCUGAAUUUCCAACACAAGGCACAUCAAAAUCGUCAUCCAAGACAUUUUCUGGAAAAGCAGAGGGUUCAACCGCUCCAAAAUCUAAUGGUGAAGAAAAUGAGAAUGUGGCUGGUGACAGUAAAUUGAAUUUUGACCCGGAGGGAUUCUCUUGUGCUGUUCAGAAUAUUCUAGAUUUUGCAAUCCCAGAGGAUUCUUGGGAUUUGAAUUCUGAUUCAGAUGAUUCAGAUAUUGGUUCUUAUGAAGAUGAGGGUGAAAUGGAUCUUAAUGAAAUAAAGCCAGCAGGAAAGAAGCGAAAUCCAGAUGCUGAAUUAAAACAAUACAUGGAUCAAAUGGAUCGUGAACUUGCCAACACCACCCUUGCUCAAAGCUUUGAAAAGAAGGCAUCAAAAAUGGAGAAAAAGGUACAAUCUGUUCAGGAAGAUGACUCAUUUGAUGAUGUUGAAGAUUUCCAACCUGUUGAUAUUGACAUGAAUGCUUUGAAGAAUAUAUUGGAGUCUUAUCAGUCUCAAAUGGGUGGAGCAGGUCCAGCAUCAAACUUGCUGGGCCCUAUGGGAGUUCACUUGGAAAAUUUAGCAAAAAAGUCAUCUGAUAAAAAUGAUAACCAAUAGUACGCUGUCUUCCUAUUUUAUUCUUUUUCUUUUAGAUAUCUGAUUGACUGAGACUUGUUACGUUUUGUGCUGAUACAAGGUCUUAGACUAGAUUUCUUCUUCCUUUUACCGUAAAAUUUUAUUCCAGCAUUUCUUUUGUGGUGUCAGGGUUAGAUAUAAUUUCUCUCUUACAUUCCUGUAGACAGGACCUGUUUUGAUUUAACUUUUCUUUUGGCAUUUGUCAAUCUAGUCACAGUUGAUAGUUCAGAAAAGUUCAACUCUAAAGAAAGAAAGAAAUUUACUUGAAAGUACUUAAAUUAAAUGCUUUCUUAAACCAUGCACACAUCAAAUUAUGUACCUGUUUUAAAGUAAAAGUGCCUAAAUAUCAGUAAUUGUUUUAUCAACAACUUGUGUUGUUAAAUGAAUUGCAAAUACAUGAUGUAUCAAAUGUAACCUAGGUAUGUACUUUGUAUGCAACCAACAGACAGGGUAUUUGUUGCUGAAAUCAAAUGGAUGAUUUUAAAGUCUAUCAUUUUUUUAUUUUGAAAAUAAUACAUACUUCUUAGGCUAAUCUAUAA